GAUUAGCUUCCCAGUUAGCUUCGCCGACAGUGUUCAUGCGUCUUUUUAAAAAAAAAAAAAAGAUUUCUGCUUUCGUUCUGUGAAACUGUGUCCUUUCUGUCUCAGUCUAAAAGUCACUGAGAUGUGAAAGCGACGUUACAUUCGAGUGUGCAGGAUUUAUUAAGUAUAAGAAGAAGCGUGAAUCUCGUCUUGACUGGUAGCCAGACCUCUAUCGUCUCUGCUGUGUAUUAAUGUCCGGAAGUUCUGUGACGGGGGGAAAAAACAUGAGAAAGGCAUGAAAAGAAUAGGAGCUGGAAGAAACUUCAGACUAAUCUUGAUCGGUUAUCGAUGGGUUUGCCGACGCUCGAGUUCAGUGAUUCUUUUCUGGACAGUCCUGAGUUCAGAGACCGACUGCAGUGCCAUGAGAUAGAAUUGGAGCGCACCAACAGCUUUAUAAAAGAUCUCAUCAAAGAUGGAAAUAUGCUUAUAUCUGCCCUACGAAGUCUUUCUCUUGCAGUGCAGCGGUUCUCACAGUCUCUGCAGGAGUUCCAGUUUGAGUGUAUUGGAGAUGCUGAGACUGAUGAUGAGAUAAAUAUAGCUCUGUCCUUAAAGGAGUUCUCUCAGCUGUUAAGCACGAUGGAGGAGGAGAGAAAACGGCUGAUCCAGAAUGCCGAUGAUGUUUUGAUCGCACCGCUUGAGAGGUUUCGAAAGGAACAAAUCGGAGCUGUAAAGGAAGGAAAGAAGCAGUUUGACAAGGAGACAGAAAGGUAUUACUCUGUGCUGGAAAAACACCUCAGCCUGUCCUCCAGAAAGAAGGAAUCCCAGUUGCAUGAGGCUGACACACAGAUGAGUAAAGACAGGCAGGUUUUUUAUGAUGCAUCUCUGCAGUAUGUCUUCAAAAUCCAAGAAGUGCAGGAAAGGAAGAAGUUUGAGUUUGUGGAGCCUUUAUUAGCCUUCCUGCAGGGGUUGUUUACAUUCUACCAUGAAGGCUACGAGCUGGCCAGUGAGUUUGAACCCUACAAGCAGCAGCUUCAGUUCAACCUGCAAAAUGCUCGGAACAAUUUUGAAAGUACUCGUGUUGAGGUUGAGAGGCUGAUGAAGAGGAUCCGGUCUGCCGAAGAGGACUUCAAAGCCCCUGGUUGUUAUACCAUGGAGGGCUACUUGUAUAUACAGGAGAAACGUCCGUUGGGAAGUAUUUGGACCAGAUACUAUUGUACUUAUGAGAGGAGCUCAAAAAUGUUCACCAUGAGCAACACAGAAGCCAGACCAGCCAGCAGACAGAACGGUGUGGUGAAUGGCGCCCCAGAGAUGUUCAGGUUACGCUCGUGUGUCCGAAGGAAGACAGAUUCAAUCGACAAACGCUUCUGCUUUGACAUUGAGGUGGUUGAGAGACAUGGAGUCAUCACACUGCAAGCACUCUCAGAGGCAAACAGACGGCUGUGGAUGGAGGCAAUGGAUGGAAAAGAACCUAUUUACACUCUUCCUUCUCUGCUUAGCAAAAAAGAAGAAACAUUUCUGAACGAGGCAGGCUUCAACUUUGUCAAGAAGUGUGUUGAACUGGUUGAAAUAAGAGGCCUUACCACCCUGGGACUGUAUAGGACAGGAGGAGUGAACUCCAAAGUACAGCGGUUGAUGUCAAGCGUGUUCUCAUCCACAGCUUCAUCUGACUUGCAGCUGGAUGGAGACGCCUGGGACAACAAGACUAUAACCAGUGGUCUGAAGGAUUAUUUUAGGUGUCUGGCAGAACCACUACUGACCUAUAGACUGCAUAAAGAAUUCAUCAGGGCUGCAAAGUAUGACGACCAGAAAUACAGAGUGAGAGCAAUCCACGCUCUUGUACACAAACUACCUGAAAAAAACAAAGCAAUGUUGGACCUCUUAACUAAGCAUCUCCUCAAAGUGUCUUCACACAGUGAUCAGAAUCUGAUGACUGUGUCCAACCUGGGAAUGAUCUUUGGCCCUACAUUGAUGAGGUCGCAGGAAGAGACAGUGGCCGCCAUGAUGAACAUCAAGUUUCAGAACAUUGUUGUGGAGAUAAUCAUUGAAAACCAUCACAAGAUCUUUGGCGAGGCUCCAGACCUGUCAGUGCCGCUGCCUCAGGCUCCGUCCUCUCGAUCAACUCCUCGGAGGAGCAAGGCCAUUUGUCUGUCAUCUGGGAAGAGAAAGACCCGUCUGUACCCGCCAACUCUCUGCCUGGCAGACAAUGACAGUGACACUUUCAGUAGCAGCCCCAGCACAACUCCAAUGGGCAGCCAGGAGUCUCUGUCCUCCCACUCCUCAGAAAAAAACGGCUUGUCUCAAACCUCUCCUCCAUCCUCUCCUACUGUUGAGCCCGGCUCGCCCACCACAAUGCAGGCGUCUCCUCCCACAGCUUCCUCCUGCUCUCCGUCACAAAACUCCUCCAAUGAGAAAGAUCAGAGAGAGCCAUCAAACGGCGCCCCCUCCCCACACCUAACGCCUUCUUCUUCCUGGACAUCCCCUCUGGCUUCAGCUGAGCAGACUUCCUCGCUCUCCUCCUCCACGUCCUCUUUACUCUCUGCAGUGGAGAAGUCUUUCAAUAGAAACUCAACUGCCUCCUUUUCUUCUGUAAAAGAGUCGAGAUCUCCCUCCAGAGCGUCUGCAUCCACCGCCUCCAUCCAGCAAUCAGUGGAGCCUGCUUCCUCUCCCAGGGAGGAUGGACCGGUUCAGAGAGCAGCAUCGUCCACCUCUCUAAUGAGCACUCAUUCAGUGGAUCAACGAAACGCAUCCAGUGCUACAGUCACAGAAACCAGAGUGACAGCUUCUACCUCUCCUCAGAAACAUAUCACUGCAUGCAGGACUGCUUCCUCCUCCUCUUCAUCGUCCUCCUCAUUAUUUCCCUAUCAUCUCUCCACAUCUUCCUCUCUCACCUCCCUGCACAUCUCCGAGGAUUAUAAAAGUUGUCAUGGAUCAGUGCACAGUCUCAUGUCACUGGACCCACAGGAGGCAGCACAUAUGAGGAAAACGCCACACAAGCGCUGUGGCUCCGAUCUGACCCCCAAACACUUUUCUGCCACAUCCAGCAAUGGCUACCAGAAGCCUGGGUCACUACUGUCAGCCGGACAACCUCAGCGGGAGAGUUCUGUGUUCUCCUCUGCAUUAGACAUAUGUUCCUCAGGAAGAGAAGCAAAAGCUCUUUACUCCUGUGAGGCCGAGCACAGCCAUGAACUAAGUUUUCCACAGGGGGCGCUGUUCUCAAAUGUGCACCCAUCAGUGGAACCAGGCUGGCUUCAGGCGACGUACAACGGGAUAACAGGCCUCAUACCUGAAAACUACGUCACAUACAUUUGACAGACCAGAUGAUGUCAUCAGCCUGUCACUGAAAUGUGCUGAUCAACAGAAUAUUUAUCUUGUAACUGUGAUUGUUAUUGCCGACUACUGUGCAGGAAUAUAAUCUGUGUACUGUAUAUAACCAUGUAAUGUGUUUUAAUUAGCCUUUUAUUAGUGGAUGUGAAUAUUUGAUUUGUUGUCUGACUUUGCUUCAGAUCACUAAUCAGCUCUUAUAUAUUUGUCUUUGAAAAUGAUAUGCAUACGGUAGACAUGUCUAGAAGGUACAUGGGAACAGUAUUUUCUUUUUAAUCAAGAUUAUUUGUUUAAUAAUAUAACUGUCUAGAAAUGACGUGUUCACGCCUCUGUGCCUUAAGCUACAUGAACUAUCUGAAUUCUUCCAUAACAUUUCUCUUCUACUCUUUUAGGUUUUUUUUUGUUGUUGUUAUUGUUUUAAAUAAAAAAAACAUACUUUUAGAAAUUGGAUUUUCUGUGUAGAUUCCAAUUGGGUAUAUUAUUUCUAUGUAUCUCUAUUAAUUUUUCAAAAAGAAAAAAGAAGCAAUCAUUUCAUUUUUGAUUUCACCUACUUUAACCAAAUGUAAGUGCCUUAAAUCGUUUUGCUGUUUAAGUUGAACCAUAUAAAAUGAGCGAUCUGGUCUCCAACAAAAACAUAAGCAGAAGUCGAUAAAACUUUUCUCUGCAUCAGAAUUAAGUCUUCCCCAAAACCUCUGAAGAGUUUAUCCUUUUUAUGAGUGUGAGCGUGCAUGGUGACAGCUGAUAGGCUGAAGUUCCCUCAUGACCGGGAACCGGAUGAAGAGGGGAUAGAUAAUGGAUGGAGGGUUCAUACUUUUAUGUUUGUUUGUUUGUUUUUUAAAUAAACCAAUCAUGAGCUCAUGAGUCACAGUCAUUGAAUUUUCUGUCAUUAAGUCAUUAAAAACAAAGAAUCAUAAACAGUGUACGUUGCAAAAUACACACUAGUAUGUACUUUUAUUUGCAGGACAGAGAAACUGGAAAAUAUUUGUCUUAUUGAUCUGUUCAUUAAAAUGGUCCCACAAUUGUACCUGUUAAAUGCUUUUCUCAUCAUCAGACAUUAUCCAUAUGAUGUUUUGCACCAAAUCCAAAACUGUAUGAUGAGCCAAC